CUUUUGUCAUUUACAACUUCCUGAGUCUGUGUUACGAGUACCUGGGAGGAGAGAGCGCCAUCAUGGCAGAGAUCCGAGGGAAACCCAUUGAGUCCAGCUGUAUGUACGGUACCUGCUGUCUGAGAGGAAAGGCCUACUCCAUCGGAUUCCUGCGCUUCUGUAAGCAGGCCACGCUGCAGUUCUGUGUGGUCAAACCUCUCAUGGCUGUCAUCACUGUUAUCCUGCAGGCCUACAGCAAAUAUAAAGAUGGAGACUUCAACGUCGCCAGUGGAUACCUGUACGUGACCAUCAUCUACAACAUCUCAGUCAGCUUGUCUCUCUACGCCCUGUUCCUCUUCUAUUUCGCCACCAGGGCCCUGCUCAGCCRGUACAGCCCCAUGCUCAAGUUCCUGGUGGUCAAGUCCAUCAUCUUCCUCUCCUUCUGGCAGGGCAUGUUGCUGGCCAUCCUAGAGAAGUGUGGCGCCAUCCCUCGGAUCAACUCGCCYGGGGUGACGGUCGGCGAGGGCUCGGUUGCAGCCGGGUACCAGAACUUCAUCAUCUGCAUCGAGAUGUUUUUCGCGGCGCUGGCCCUGCGGCAUGCUUUCACUUAUAAAGUCUACAUGGAUAAAAGUCUCGAUGCUCGAGGCCGCUGCGCCCCGAUGAAGAGCAUCUCCAGCAGCCUGAAAGAGACGAUGAGCCCCGGGGACAUGGUCCAGGACGCCAUCCACAACUUCUCCCCGGCCUACCAGCAGUACACACAACAAUCCACGCUGGAGCAGGGGGCGCCGCCUCCCGCCUCCCGCAGCCACGGUACGGUCGGUGCCCGCGGCGACACGGAGAAAACGCUCCUGCUCAGUUCAGACGAUGAGUUCUAACACAGGAGGACAGCUUGUUUCAGCAGCUGGUGCUGCUUCAGACCCAAGUUUUAACAGACGCUGGUUCUUAAUCUAAGCUGCUGUCUUCAGUGGGACUGAUUCCACGGUCAUAAACACACCCGUGCCCACGUUAYCAUCUUGUUUCAUGGGAGCGCUUGUUCGGUUGUGCAAACUCGGAAAGUUACAGAGUCACGAUCCGACAAUAGAAAUCAUUUCUGACGUCUGAGAAAAAUGUUUUCUGGCUUUGUUUGGACUUUAUUUUUAUAUUCCAGAAGAGUCGCCUCAGUGGAAACACAGCCAUCCAGUCCGAACUCUUUUCUGCUUUUCAAGAUGUUUAUAGAUAAAGCACAAUCUUACAUUUUAAAGUUAGAGUUUUAACUAUUUUUCAUGAAUGGAAUUCAAAUUUAUCGGAGUCACAGAUUUGUAAAGUUUGAAACCUUUUAUUUUACAAACUGCUAAAUUUCUGGCAUUUAUUUGUAAGGUAAAAUGUUGUGAGUAAAGCAGAUGAAUGUACUUUAAAGGGAUAUUCUGGUCAUCUCAAAGUGGAGUUCUGUGAACAUGUUUCCAAACAGGUGAGAUAAAUGUUUGGAUUUUCACAAAACACCAUUACAAUAUGGCUGGGAUGUUCCUUUAAAGCUAUUUUCAGUGUUUCUGUGUGAAGAGCUAGUGUUGCUCACAUGGAUCUARAAUGUUGUUGAUAUUAACAGAACAGAUGGGAAGGGGGCGGGGCAGUUUAUAGAUUUGACAUUUUAUCUGCUCCAGUUGGAGUGAGGAGGUAGGGAGGCAGCAUGAGAAACACCUCAGGGUUAAUCUUGUUUUGUUGAGUGGUUUGAUCAGCAGAGUCAGAACUCUGCAGGCUCCAGCCAAGACGAGGGGCCAAAAUUCAAAACUUUGUUUUAGCCAAGGGCCAAUCUCCAACACUAUUUAUUGUAUAAAAUAUAUAAUUGACCUUGGUUUUCAGAUG